AUGAACCUUGAAGAAGACCUAAGAAUCACACUAAAUCGAACUUUAGAACUAGCUGUAGGCCUUGAACAAUUAAAUUUUGGCAAUGCCCCAAGACAAUUUGGUGAACGCGCUAGAAAAAGAAUUAUUUCUAUAUCUGGCGAUAUCAAAGGGCUAGCUGUUUUAAUGAAACAAAACGAAAAACCUAUAAACUUCACUCCAAGCUCUGCAAGAAUUGCUGCUUCUCAUACAGCAACGCCUAAAGAAGUUGUAAUUGAAGACACCCCUGUAUUUAAAACUAAGAAAAAACUAUCCUAUACACUGCAAGAAACAAAUCAUAGACUCAAGCAAAAUCGAGCAGGCAAAAAAACAGUCAGCGAUUUAAUUGACCAAAAAGUGUGUCCCCCUUUAAAUAGAACUCAUUUAUCAUUAGAUUUCAAUGAAAACAAAGAAACUUCUUUAUGCUCACUCCCCCCCCCCUCCGUGAGCGAACAAAAAAAUUUUUGUUCGCUCACGGAGGGGGGUUAAUUUUUUUUUUUUAAAAAAAAAUUUAUAUAAAAUUUUAAUAAAAAAUAUUUUUUUUUCGAAAUUUAAAAAAAUCCUAAUUUGCAAAAAUUGGGAAGCAAAUAUUAAUUUAAUUGCAAAAUUUAUGUUUUAAAACGCAAUUUGUUUAAAAUUAAACAGAAUUAGCUCUAGAUUUCAUUAUACUAAUUAUCACUUAUAUAUCAAAAUUUUUUUUCCAUUAAAUUUUUUCUAUUAAAAAAAUUUUUGUUCACUCACGGAGGGUGGGUUUUUGGUCAAAAAAUGGCGAUUUUUCUAAUGGUUUUGUUCGCUCACGGAGGGGGGGGGGAGUCAGGAACCUAUGAAAAACCCUUACCUUACGUUUCUCUAACAAAUGGGAAAAUUGAACCCCCGAUUCGUCUUCCUACAUUUAAUGAAUAUUUAAAAUUUAUUGGUGAUGAAUAUGUGUUCCAAACAGGAAAAAGCGAAUUUCUUCAUAGGAUUGAUAAAGCAGAACACAAGCUAUCGAGCUUAAAAAUCAAUUUAGAUAGCAAACUUAUAGGGAAACCGCAAAGAACUGCAGCAACUAGACAUAGGCUGACGAGAGGAAGGAAUCUUAGGGUGCAGUUUUCGAGAAGGUGGAACUCGGCUGAUGAAGAAAAUUUAGAAAGCUUGAUUUCGAGGACUCGUGAAAUAAAAGAUAUUAUGGAAAAAUAUUUUCCAACGGAGCAGAAAAGAGAAAAAUUGUUGAAAAAUGAAUUUUCUGACUAUGUUAGCCCAGAAAAUUCGCUUGAUAAUACUUUGAAAAAGUUUUAUAAGAGUAAAGCGAUGGAAAACCAGAAACUGGCUGAUAUUUUGGAUAGGAUGAAAAUUGAUAGGCCGAAUUCUUUGAAAAAGAAAAUAUUUCUGAUACAAGAUGACCAUGAGAAAUAUAAAAAUCAGUUAAAGUGGGUUAAUUUAUAUAAAGCCAUACCAAAAUGACAUAAAAUUAUUAUUUUUAUUAAUAUAACAUAGCAUAUAUUCAAUUAAAAAAUUUGAUGGAUUCAGGGAAAAUGUAGAGGUCGAGAAAAGAAAAGCACAGCUAAAAACCUAUAAACAAGGACUGUUAUAUUUAAAAAUUCUUGAAACUUUUAGAGCUGAGAAACAUCAGCCAAAUCAAGCGGAGCUUGAUUUAUUAAAUAACUGAAAAGCAUUUGUGGAAGGAGGAAUAACAAUAAAAAGAGGAGAACUCGAUAAAAUGAAGGAUCAAUUAGACUUAACAGAACUAUCAGAUCCACAAGUAAAAGAUCUGCUUGAAAAAUUUGAAGAAAAUAUUUAUUAA